CUGCGACGGGAGGGGGUUCUGCGUGACUGUCGGCAGCGUGGACGGCUGAAGACCUGUCUCCCGCGAAAUGUCGGUCUUUCACGACGAGGUGGAGAUCGAGGACUUCGAGUACGACGAGGACACGGAGACGUAUUACUUCCCGUGUCCGUGCGGAGACCGGUUCGCCAUCACGAAGGAGGACCUGGAGAAUGGUGAGGAGGUGGCCACGUGUCCGAGCUGCUCGCUCAUUGUUAAGGUCAUCUACGAUAAGGAGCUGUUUAUGUCUGAAGAGACCGUCGAGGCGCCGCUGCCGUCCGACUCCAAACUGCAGCUGGCUCAGGCCUGACGAGACGCCGAUCACAUCGCCGCGUGGCGCCGCACUCUGCUGGGGUGUCUGAGACGUCCCUGUCCUGAUGGCAGAGACGACACAGGGACGCGGGACGUCCGCCGGGUAGACGUUCCUGCGAUGGAGUUCCUGGUUUGAUCUGACUCCUGACGGAGAGAGGAGUCAGGCUGUUAUCGGCCAAGCAGUCAGUCCUGUGUUCUGUCGGCGUGAGCCAGGAGGAACCAGAAGGUCUUAUUCGUCUCCCAGUCGCGGUGGCGAUAAUAACAGCAGCGUCGUCAGGGAAGCACAGGGUAGAGUCUGGGUUUUUUUGGAAUUGUGUGGCAUUACUGUGGGUAUUUCUGCCAGAAGUGUCCUCUUUCCAUGAAGUUAACCAAACAGCUGUCACAUUGCUUUCACAGACAAAUUGGAUUGUUAAGUUUUAACAUUUUAAUACAUUGAAAUCUUCAAAAAGAAAUGUUUUUAACAGUCCCAAAGAUGGGGAGCAUUGGAGCCAGAGUGUUGCUGUAUUCCUCGAAGUGGUGGUUGUGUUGAUCACAGCAGCGAUAUAUGCAGGCAGGAUGACAAAGUGUUUGUGUCAAGGAACAAGACUCGGAGCAUCAUGGUAGUUUUUGAGUAAGAGGAAGGUUUUUUUGUUUGAUUGCGCUUUGUUUUCAGAUAAAGUGAUGACAUGCUUUCUAAUCUUUGUAGAUUGUUUCCAUGUUUUAAUCUAUCAGGUGUAAAUUUCUCAUUUUACAUUUAGUUACAAUGAAUUCUCAGCAGGAGCAAAAUGCUCACUUUCACAUGAUUUCCAUUGCUUUUUCAUCAGGGCUACAUCUUUGGUUGCACAUUUUUUAACAGCUCAUUCCCAUCUGAGAGAGUAUCUCCAGUUUCAACACUAUCAGCUCAGCAGAGCACCAGCAGCAAAACUAAUCCAGAACAGGUGAAAGAUGGAGAGAACAGUGAGGAAAUGCCAAUUCUCCAACACAGACUGCAAACUCUGUCUCCC